AAGAAAAUUACGAUUCACUGAUCGUUAAUAACAAUAAUAUACUAUUUGUAGCAUUUUUCAUUUAUUGCAAAAUGUUAUUCUGAGCAAUUGACAGUGUUGUGGCUGGCAUUUUUAACAGGGAACAGUAACUUUUUCAUUGCAAAUGUUGCAAGUAUGUCAACACAAGAAAGAAAGAGCUAGAAGUAGCAGUAGACAUUUCCAAUAUUUUGCACGAUAGUUUUGGAUUUCGUGCAUCUUUAUUAAAGCACACCAACAUUCUUACUGUGAUCAAUUACUUCAAAAGAAACCAAACAUGACGGAGGACAUGUUAGGUGCAGAUAUUUGUAGGGUCUGUCGAUCUGAAGGUUUAGUAGAUAGACCCUUAUUUCAUCCAUGCAUUUGCACAGGCAGUAUUAAAUGGAUACAUCAAGAAUGUCUAGUACAAUGGAUGCGUUAUUCACGCAAAGAAUAUUGUGAACUUUGUGGAUAUCGUUUUUCAUUUACUCCAAUUUAUAGCCCAGACAUGCCACGCCGUUUACCAAUGAAAGAUGUUAUCGAUGGACUAUUUUCUAGCAUUGUAACAGCAGUCAAAAAUUGGCUGCAUUAUACUUUGGUAGCAGUAGCAUGGCUUUGUAUUGUUCCAUUAACUGCUUGUCGAACAUAUAGAGCUUUAUUUAGUGGGUCUCUUGACCUAGUACGAAUAAUGUCGUUACCAAUGGAUAUACUAUCUGCAGAAAAUGUAUCUUCUGAUAUAUUUCACGGUUGCUUUGUAGUUACUUGCACACUCUUUGCAUUUAUUGGUUUGGUAUGGUUAAGGGAACAAAUUUUACAUGCUGGUGGUCCUGAUUGGCUUGAAAGAAACAAUAUACCAAUGCCUCCUGUUGAUAAUCCAGUACAUGUAGAAGUUCCUGCAAUGCGACUUCAUGAGCUAAGAGCAUUUAUUCAGCAGGGAAUUCACAAUAAUAACAAUGUUCCACCUUUUUUUGACGAACCACCUGUACCAGCAGAGAAUCCAAAUAAUGAUGAUGCAGGAAAUGCAGGACAUAGAGCGGAAGAAAAUAAUUUAUUGGAUAAUCAAAGACUAGACGAAGCUGAAGAGAUUGGUAGAGAUAAUGAACCACAAAUGGUCCCUAGAAAUGGAGAGCAACAGAUAGAACAACUUCCUAGAAAUAUGGAACCACUUGUAGCUCCCAGAGACGCGGAACCGUUAAUACCCCCUAGAGACAUGGAGGCAGCUAUACCUCCUAGAGACAUAGAACAACCAAUACCUCCUAGAGAUGAGCUUAUAGUGGAUGGUGAACAAGCAAAUGCAAGAGCUGGUGAAGCUUGGAGGGAUCAAGUACAAGGUCAAGCACAAGGAGAAGCUGAAGAAGCAAACUGGAAUCCAAUGGAAUGGGAUAGACCUGCAGAAGAAUUAACUUGGGAACGUCUUCUAGGCUUAGACGGAUCUCUUGUUUUUCUUGAACAUGUAUUCUGGGUUAUUUCAUUAAAUACCCUAUUUAUUAUGGUUUUUGCUUUCUGUCCAUACCAUAUUGGUAGCUUUGCGAUAGCAGGACUAGGAUUACAAGAGUAUGUAGCAGCAUCGCAUUUCGAGGGAUUAGUAACUACGUUGUGCGGUUAUUGCGUAAUUGGAGUUUGUUUGGUAGUCCUUCAUACACUUGUGGCUCUUUUAGGUUUCCAACGCUCUCAGCGUAUAUUAGGCUUGUGUUAUGUUAUUGUAAAAGUAUCUUUACUCUCUGUCGUUGAAAUAGGUGUACUUCCUUUGGUCUGUGGCUGGUGGUUAGAUAUUUGUUCAUUAGCAAUGUUUGAUGCUACGCUUAGAGAUAGAGAAUCCUCAUUCAGUUUAGCUCCUGGCACUUCAAUGUUUAUUCACUGGUUGGUUGGAAUGGUUUAUAUAUAUUAUUUUGCUUCGUUUAUUUUGUUAUUACGAGAACUGUUACGGCCAGGAGUACUUUGGUUUUUGAGAAAUUUAAACGAUCCCGAUUUCUCUCCUAUCCAAGAAAUGAUACAUCUUCCAAUUUUGAGACACGUAAGAAGAUUAGUGGCAUCUGCAGUUAUAUUUGGAACAGUUGUUUUAUUAAUGUUAUGGUUGCCAGUGAAACUAUUAAGAUGGGCAUGGCCAGGAUUUUUACCAUACACGGUGAUGGUUCAAAGUGAAGCUCAUGCCAGCGAAUUGUCUUUGGAACUAUUACUACUGCAAGUGAUUCUUCCUGCAUUAUUGGAACAAUCUCAUACACGCACAUGGUUGAAAGCUCUAAUAAGAGGCUGGUGUCAAGUAGUGGCCUGGAUGUUAGAUCUUCAAUCGUAUCUCCUAAGAGAUCAGACCGAGGAUCCAGAUCUAGCAGUAAUCGAAGAACUUCAACACCCAGAUUUAGGUGCUGCGCAUCAGGCAUUAUUGCAAAGAGAAGGACCAACAGGUUUCCAGCCGUACGUUAGACCACGUUGGUUUCCUGCCCGACUAGUUUGUCUUUUGCUCUGCGUGUCUGUUUCAUUUGUUAUCGCUAGUUUAAUUGCAAUGACUCUCCCCGUUUGGCUUGGACGUAGAGUAAUGGCAUUGUGGAUGGUUGGAGCUCCUGCUCCAUCUCCGCCGGUAUUACCACCUACGUUCAGUGGGUCGGAAACAAAUGAGGCUGUAGUUGCUUUAUCCGGACGAGUACACGAGGUGUAUACGAUAGCCUGUGGAACGUAUGUAUGUUGGGCCGCGGCAAGAGGGUUAGCGUUAGCAUUUUCUUGGCUACCACGUGGACGAAGGGCGGUCUUAGAUAGAGUAAAGCAUUGGGCAAUAAUAGGCGUUAAAGCGUCAAUUGCUUUUUUCCUACUUAUAGGCCUAAUACCGCUCUUGUUUGGUCUUCUUCUCGAAUUAGUCGUUGUAGUACCUUUACGGGUACCACUAGUACAGAAUCCUAUUUUAUUCAUCUGGCAAGAUUGGGCCCUCGGUGUAUUAUAUACAAAAAUAGCAACAGCUAUUACGAUGAUGGGACCGGAUUGGAGAAUUCGCAUGGCAAUUGAACGAGCAUACAACGAUGGCAUUAGGGAGAUAAAUUUGAAAUUCAUUGUUACAGAAUUAGCAGCUCCGGUAAUAUGUUGCUUUGGUCUUGCUUUAGCUGUUCCCUAUGCAGUGGCCUAUGGAAUAGUUCCAUUUUUGAUUACACGUAUAGAAAUACAAAUUCUUAUUGCCAGACGUUUGUAUCCUUUCCUUGUGCUAGUGCAUCUGCUGUACUUUGCUAUUUAUUUUCAAAUUCGUCAAUUCAAAAAACUUUACGAACAUAUAAAGAAUGAUAAAUAUCUUGUGGGACAAAGACUAGUGAAUUAUGAACAUCGGAAUAAAUCUCAGUCACAAGGAUCGGGUUAACGAUGCUAAUAUAAUUGUUUCUUAAUGGUGAUAUCAAAUUAAUGAAAAAUUCUUGAACGUACAUUCAUUAUCGCGCUUAAUAAUAACAGAUGCUAACAUAUAUUGAUUAUGCUUUAAUUUUUACUAUAAUAAUUUACUAAUAUGAGCGAUAUUAAAUAAAUUAAAAAGAUUGUCGCUCGAUGUAUCGAUUUUCCGUUUGAUACACUGCAGAUUGCCAAUAUUUUUAUUUGAUUUGCAAAAACAAAUUAUUCCAAAUUAACAAUGAACAUUUUGCGUGAUAAUGGACGAAUAUGAUUUAGAAAACCUAGAACUCUACGUUAUUUGUUCAUUGACUAUCAAAUUAAUCAUUUUUUAAGUAGGUCAUAAAUUAAAAUUUUCAACUUUAGAGAUACAAUGUAUAAAGAAGCUUAAUUAAACCCUAAUCGACUCCUUAGGAAAUAGAUUUCCGGAUAAGAACUAUUGUGAAAGUAAAGUUACAUUUUAAUUGAAAACUUGUUAGUAACAGAUUAACGUAAUCAUAUUUUGUUGUACAAAAUUAAAGUAUAAAAUUGAUUAAAAUGAUAUUAAAAAAUAUCUUUACUUUGAUUAUAAUAAAGAAAGGUAUAUUUCCUUAAACCUUCCCAUUAUUUUUUGUUGUUAAAGUCAUUAAAUACUAUUUACCAUUGGAUGUUAAAUAACAUUUUAGGUAGCAGCAUAUUAA